GUGUGUCAGAGACCCGCUCACGUGUACUGUGUUGACUGUCAAAGUCUAGACACUCCAGAUCCGGAAGCCCCGAGUUCUGAGCGAAGUUGCCACAGUCGAGGCUUGCAGGCCGCGAAUCCCGCACCAUGAGCGCGGCGGGCGUGCUGUCCUUCACCCAGCAAGGCUGGGAGCAGGUGCUGGCCAAAGCGAAGCGGGCCCUGGUCUACCUGGACGCCUCCUGUGCCGAGAGCCUGCACUGGAGCUGCGGAGCUCCCCGGCUCCUGGAGGCGGUGGGCGGUCCCGCGUGGCACCUGCGGGAAUUUGAACCUCUGGCAGUGGGUGGCGGAUCGGAGCAGCCCAAGGCAGUGUUCGUGUUGAGCUGCCUCCUGAAAGGCCGUACAGUGGACAUUCUACGAGACAUCAUCCGCCGCAGUCACUUCCAAUACUGUGUGGUGGUCACGGCGGUGAGCCACGCAGUCCACCUCACAGCUAACCAUGUGCCAGCGGCUGCGGCAGCCGAGUUAGAGGGGCAGCAGCCGGUGUUCGAACAACUGGAGGAGAAGCUAUGUGAGUGGAUGGGCAACAUGAACCACAAAGCCGAGGUGUUGCAUGUCCCGUUGUUGCUCGCCCCUGCUGCUCCUCACCUUGCCUUGACUCCAGCCUUUGCUACCCUUUUCCCAUUGCUACCCCAGGAUGUACAUCUCCUUAAUAGUGCCAGACCCGACAAGAGGAGACUGAUGAGCUUGGGUGAGAUGGAUGCCAGUGCCUUGACCCCAGAGCUGCUGCUGCAGAUCAGGUGCCUGGUGUCAGGCCUCAAUUCUCUGUGUGAGCAUCUAGGGGUACGGGAGGAGUGUUUCGCUGUGGGUUCCUUCAGUCGGGUCAUCGCUGCAGAUCUGGCAAAUUAUGCCCCUGCCAAGAACAGAAGAAAGACUGCCGCAGGCAGGGCGUCCGUGGUCUUUGUGGAUAGAACUCUGGAUCUCACAGGAGCUGUGGGACAUCAUGGAGACAACUUGGUAGAGAAAAUGAUUUCAGUGCUUCCACAGCUUCCAGGGCACACAAAUGAUGUGAUGGUUAACAUGGUGGAGCUUACCGCACUCCAGGCCGUGGAAGAAAAUGAAAAUGUGAUUGCACCAGGCUGUCUUGCACAAUCCAAUGACAUCUCAGCCAAAACCCUAUGGGAAGCCUUGCUGAACACUAAGCACAAAGAGGCGGUGAUGGAAGUCCGGAGACAUCUAGUGGAAGCAGCAAGCAGAGAAAACCUGCCUAUCAAAAUGAGCAUGGGGAGAGUCACACCAGGGCAACUCAUGACAUAUAUUCAGCUCUUCAAGAACAACCUCAAAGCUCUAAGGAAUCAUUGUGGGCUCCUACAGCUUGGGCUGGCCACAGUUCAAACUCUGAAGCACCAACAGACUGCCAAGUGGGAUAACUUUCUGGCAUUUGAGAGACUCCUUCUACAGAACAUUGCGGAGUCGUCCAUGGCUGUUGUGUUAAGUCAGCUGCUGCCUAUGAUUAAGCCCUCAACCCAGAGGACCAACAAUGACUAUAGCCCUGAGGAGCUGCUGAUCCUUCUCAUAUAUAUUUACUCUGUCAUUGGCGAGUUCCCAGUGGACAAAGACCUGAGGGAAGCGGAAGAAAAAGUGAAGAAAGCAUUGGCUCAGGUGUUCUCUGAGGAGUCCGAGUUGCCACCUUUGCUGCAAAAAAUCACAGGUGAGUGUUCAGCACAAUUGUAGAUACUGCUAAUAUAGAGAUCGGAUGGAAGUGAAGGCUGUUAUGGGAGGAGGAUGUAACUGUGUUCAGCAGAGCUGUUUGGGCGUCCAUGACACCUGAUGAGUAAGUACUAGCCACCUUCAGGGUCAGGUUCUUUCCCAUAGUUUUCUUUUCUAGUAGUGAUAGUAGA